AUGAUAGUGUUCAAAAUAGUGGUUUUCUUGUUACUGAUCACCACAUUUUGCAAUGGAAAUGUGAAAAAUAAGCCAAUCUUUGGUCACAACAUUUCAAAUCUUCACACAAACCAUUCUGUCACAACCAUUCAGAGUGAAGAUGGCGACAUCAUAGAAUGCAUCAACAUCUACAAGCAGCCAGCAUUCAAGCAUCCUGCUUUGAGAAACCACAAAAUUCAGGUAACACAAACAUGGCAAAGAAGUGGACGUUGUCCUAGAGGAACAGUUCCCAUUAGAGGGGUGAGAAACCAGAACAAAGGAGUAGAAAUCAGAAAGAAGCCUUCCAUCUUUCUUCGUGAUAAAGGGUCAGAUGGUGAUAGGAAGUUAUACCUCUUACACCAGAACCGUUCGUUGGCUAUAUUGCACACAGAAGGGUUCAGCUACUUGGGAGCCAAGGGAGACAUUAGGGUUCAUAAUCCCCAUGUUCAGUCAGAUGAUGAAUAUAGCACUUCUCAGGUUACUCUCUCUGGUGGUGGGCCUUAUAAUGCCUAUGAAGAAAUUCAGUCCGGGUGGGCUGUGAACCCUAGUGUAUAUGGAGACAGGCAAACCAGAUAUUUCACUUAUUGGACGGUUGAUGGUUCAAAUCAUACAGGCUGCUUUGAUCUCACCUGCCCUGGUUUUGUUCAAACUAGUCAUGAGAUUGCACUUGGUGCAGCUAUCCAUCCCAUCUCAUCCCCAGAUGGCCUACCCCAUGAAAUUUCUAUAUACAUCCAUCAGGAUCCAUUUACAAGUAAUUGGUGGGUGCAAUACGGAGAAACAAUUAUUGGGUAUUGGCCCUCAGAGCUCUUCAAGGAUUUAAAAUAUCGUGCCAAGACAGUUCAGUGGGGUGGUGAGGUUUACAGUAGCUAUUUAGGCAAUCGACAACCACACACAACAACAGCAAUGGGAAGUGGGCGCUUUCCAGACAUCAUAUAUGGGACGUCUGGGUACGUCAAAAGAAUGAGAAUUCUUGGGAAUUCAAUGGAGUUUGUUCCUCCGAGCUGGGUUUAUCCCUACACCGACGAGUAUAGAUGCUAUGGUAUCUUUUAUCUUAACGAUUAUAGUGAUGAUCCCGAAUUUUACUUUGGAGGUCCCGGAAGAAAUAAAUUAUGCCCUUAA